AAGAUGAAAGCGAAGUAUGAGAAGUAUUGGGGUGAUCCUGAAAAGAUGAACAAAUAUAUAUUCAUUGCGGCCAUCCUUGAUCCUAGGAUCAAGGAAUCUCAUUUCUUUAAGGACAUGGUUGAAGACACCUAUGGCUGUAUAAUAGGUAACAGAAUCUUGACUUCUUCACACAAUGAAUUUGUCUCUCUUUUUGGAGAAUACAAAGAAUUAUAUGGAACCAGUUCUACUAGUGAAUUAGCAUCACAAGCUCGUGCUAGUGAAAAUGCUUCUGAAAGUUCUCUUAUGAGGUCACGCUACAACAAGAAGAGAAUGAGAACUUGUGGAGAGGGUAGCACUAGCUCAAAUAUGAGAACUGAAUUAGACAAGUACCUAGCUGAGGAUACCGAAGAGUUGACUGCAGAAUUUGACCUUCUUGAGUGGUGGAAGUUGAAUGCUGCUCGCUUUCCUGUCCUGUCAAAAAUGGCUCGUGAUAUACUAGCAAUCCCUAUCUCAACGGUUGCUUCUGAAUCAGCUUUUAGCACUAGUGGCCGUAUUCUUGAUGACUUUAGAAGCUCUUUGACACCAGCGACACUCCAAGCGUUGAUAUGUACACAAGAUUGGCUGCGUAGUAAGCCUAUCAAUGUUGAACUUGAUCUUGCUGAGUUGACCAAACUGGAGGAAGGUGUGGGAGCCCUUCGAUUGGAGGAUAAUGGUGUAAUAUCGAUUGAUUGAUCUUCAUGUGUGGAACUGGAGUGGAAACUUGUGCAAGUUGCUGCCUGAAGUGAUGAAGUUUGUGUGUGUCAUCUGUCAUGUGUUGAACCCAUUUUGCAAUAUGUUGAACUUUGGCUGUGUCGAACUUGGUUGUUCUAGAAUUUAAUGUACUCUUAUGCGCCAGAAUUUCAUAUGAACUUGUAAUGGAGUUUAUUAUCUUGAUGUGUUCUCAUGCUUGAUUCAUGCUGGACAUGUCUUUGUUCCAGAAUUUCUUCAUGUUAUUGUACUGGACAGGUACUGUUCCAGAAUUUCUUCAUGUUAUUGUACUGGAUAUGUACUAAGUGUCUAAGUGCUUGUACUGGA